CGGUCAACGAUAAAACUAAGUCGUUUGCCAACAACAGUUCCGUGCUAAAUUCUCUACCAGCCGGUCGCCAUUCCAUGCUUUGAGAUCGGCAGAUAAGACUAAUUAAGAAACGACCUGUGGGGCGAGGAAUUUCCCAAUUAGAUAUUUUCGAUUUUUCUCAAAACUAGUUCCCCCCGACUAACAAGGAUCAAACCAGUUGCGGCCAUUUUCAACGCUACCGCGGGCGGCGAACGCAUCAAUAUGGUGGUAACGUCUUAAUAAUGUUCUCAACAGGACGAGAGGACUUGCUUUUGUGAUGUGCGCGCAUCUUGUGCUUCAACAAACCACUCUACUCGAUUCUAUUGCCCUUAAAACGACGUUUUUUUCUACAAGUAAGAAAUUAUUGUUGAUACUCCUUGUGGAAUUUUUAUAGCCAUUUUGGAGUUUUUUCCAUCAGUUUAUUUGGAAAAUUAUUGUGUAUUUAAGGAUAGACCAUCACAAGGAAGAAGAUCAUCAAUAUGGAGUAAAGAAGACUUACUUUUGGUUUCAAAGGAUCAAUUAUUUUUGCAGCCGCUUUAGGCUCAAUAUUUUCCUGUGGCUGUUAAAUCCAAUGCGUCAAGCUGUUCGGGGACGUGGAAAGAGUUCUUCAUCCCUUCGAGUUGUCUAGCAGACUCUCGAGAGUGUUCCCUGGGACUAGCCUGGCCAGUUUUCACCAAGCCACCGGAGCGGGGACUUCCACCGGGGUGACGUGGUGGUCCAUGAUGAACGGCAGCCUAUACGAAGAAAGCCCCCCACCUGCCCCCCAGAGUGCCGCCACGCCGAUCAGCAACAGCGGAAUGACAAGCCCGGCGACGGUGCCACCUCCGGCAGCCACCACGUCGGCCACGUCCAGCUCGUCGCCGGCCAGCGUGACCAGCAACAGCGGCUCUGCAGGCCCGCUUCACAUUCCCGCCAAAAGAUUGACCUCCGGAGGCGGCUACGGCGAGUGUGCAGAGCCCAGUGUUAUUAGGCAUUCGCAUCAUGGCCAACCGUGGAAUUAUUCGCCGUCAGAGAACCACCAUGCCGGAGCCACCGCAUUCGACUCUUCGGUGGCUCUGAACCAUCAGCAUUACAAUGGCCCCACGUACUAUAAUUUGGCAGCUGAUCCCACAGGGACGCGGGACGGCCGAAAGGCUUCCACGUUACCCUUCUGGUCUCCGGCAGCCACAGCCGGCACCGCCACCCCCGAGUAUAAGACGGAAUACAAGUAUAGCAGCGUGUCGGCAGGCCCUAGCGCUGAUCCCACCGUCUCCAGCUGCCACCAGGGUUUUUCUGGCAGCUCCUGGUGCAAUUAUUCUCCGUACUCUUCGGCAUCCAGACAUCAGCUGGACGCCCACCAGGCCGUCCCAUACCUCACGCCGGCCGAUGACCGAGGACGAGCAGCUGCUGCCGCCGCCAUGGUGGCCGAAACCGCCUCAUUCGCUCAUGCUUACGACAGCGGACACGGCCUAAGAAACUACGGACCAGAACCAGUUCCAUCCACACCUUACCCUCCUCCUGUUAUGUGGGGUACAUCCCCAUCCUUGUUUGCUUCAGGUUCGCUAGGCUCGAUGGGUGUAAGCGUGCCGUGCGGGACCGGAGCGAACCCGUUGGAAUGGACCGGGCAGGUGACCGUAAGAAAAAAGCGCAAACCGUACUCAAAAUUUCAGACGCUCGAGCUGGAAAAAGAGUUCCUGUUUAACGCGUACGUGUCAAAACAGAAACGGUGGGAGCUGGCGCGGAACCUAAACCUGACGGAGAGACAGGUAAAGAUUUGGUUCCAAAACAGACGAAUGAAGAACAAGAAGAAUUCGCAGCGCCAGCAAUCUUCGACGCAAAAUAACAAUAAUUCGGUGACGAAUAAUCAAAAUCAUCACCAUCACGCGGCCAAUCACCACGUGCACUCGCAACAUCACGUGGUGAAUCACCACGUUUCGGCGAACGGGACUUUAAAACAUCAUCAGUGACCUAUGGCGUUUUCCGGGGUCGUAUUGGGCCAUCACCAUGGUCUAACGACCUAGGCCUUCUAGUUUAUUAGUUUAAGUGUCAAACGUUCUGUUUUUUUACAUUAAUUAUUGUUUUUGUUUUGUUUUUUUGAGGGCGCAGUACCACGGACCCUGUAAUACGAACGUUUUUCUUUGCAGUGCCAAAGAGGUAAAUUAGAAUUUGUUAGGUAUGUGAAUUUAUAUGGAACUGAUUAAAGACUUUUAAUUUACAUUUAGUUAUUAUUAGGGCUUGUGCAAAUCAUUUGUAUAUUGAGUGCAAAGCACGGAAUUCAAGUCCGCACCAGAUUUAAGGUGUAAGCGACUUUUAUGUAUUUAAAAAUAAAUAAUGUACGUGAUGAUACAUAAUAAUAUUAAUUAAUAAAAAUUCAUGCAGCAUGUAAGACUUACUGUACAUACGUCGACUGUCAUUUUUGUCAUAGAUUGUAAUUCGUUGGUAUGUUAAUCUGUAAUCAGUGUUGCCUGUAGUUUGAAUGUAUAGUAAAUUAUUGCAGGUAUAGAAAAGCUAACUAUUAUGAGCCAUAUUUUCCCUGUGUUAGUUUUAGUUAAGUUUUUUACCUUUCAAAACUUGAUGUAUAUAUAAAAAUACUUUUAGGUACCUGUAAAUCUGUGGCUUUAUGCAAAUUUUACAUGUUUUUUUAACGUUAUGUCUAAGUUCAGUCCAGUUUAAAUUUUUGCUUGGUGUCUGCCACUAAACUAUUGUAAUAUACUUAAAAGAAACCUUCUCUAGAAAUCCGAAUUUGAAUAUAAUAAUAAUUAUAAACAACAUGUACUAACCAGACCUACCUAUAAGUUUGUAGGUUUUGUGUCAUGUAUCUGUAUUAGUAUAGGAAAUAAUAAGUUUCCUCUAGCUAAACAAGAACUGUAUAUACUACCUUUCGGUUUGAACAUGUUAAUUCUGAUAGACAAAAUGAUGUGUAUUUUAUUUUACCUACUAUGUGAAAUUAAUUUUUUUAAAGUCGAUUAGAGUAAUAAUU